AUGCGAAAGCAUCAGCCUGAACAUCGCGAUGGGCUGCCUCGGACGAUGUCUGGCUCAGAGGAAUCGUAUCCACGGGUGCCUUCCUCCAAAUCUUCCGCUUCGCGAGAGUUGGCUGCUACGAUGGCGCAUACGCCAGAGCCAUUGCUACCGAGUCCGGGAGAAAGAGCGAGCCAAGCAGGUCGCGGGGACUCGCAGCUUUUGCUGGAGAUUGACCUGGACACGUUCACUGUGAGAUCGGCGUCAGUAUCCAUCAGCUUCCUCGCCGGCUGCCCGCUGGGAGAGCUCAUGAACCCCCAGAGCCAGAGGCUCUUUCGCCAGGUGAGGCCACAGCUUGCUGUCCUGGAGAGAGCUGGCCGACUGGGCGACAUGGUGUUCAACUUUGGCUUUCUUGAUCUGCAUUUCGGUGCUGUCUCCGUGGAAAUUGGCGGCGUGGCUGAGAUCUUGCAAACUCAACGCGGGGAGUUGUCCUUGGUCAUGCUGUUCACUCCGACCAGCACCAAGUCCUACAGAAAACUGGAAGUUAUGAAAGCCAGGUAUCCCUACAUCGCGUUUCCGGACGACUUCUUCGAUCAGGACCUUGGUGGGAGCGUGGCCAGUGGCUGCAUGGCCACAGCAUCUUCUGGCCUGUUUGGAGAGGACCCGCCGGAAAGCGAGAACUCCUCGCGCGACGUGGUCCUGUUGCCUGUGCCUGCCCACCCAGCGCAGGUGUGGGACUAUCAAGUGGGUCAGCAAGUUCUUGAAGAGGCUUCACCGGCAGUUCUGCUUCUGCUGCAGAGCUUCGCUUGGCUGCUGGAGAACCGCCCAGAGCUGCAGGUGGUGCUGAAGCUGGACAUCGAGGCGCAUGUUUCUCUGCCGGCGCUGAUACAGCAGGUAUCCCAGCGCGGGCACCAGACCUCGCUGCUGGGUCGCAUGGUGGAGAACUUCCCAGUGACGGUGGGUGCCACAGAGCAGGACUGUGAGACCUGUGAGAUACCUCAAGAAGUGGAGCGCUUUUGUCUGGAGAUGAUCCGAGUGUCGAUGUCCGGCAUGGACCUCCGCGGCUGUGUGCACAUCGCCUCCCAGCCCCGAGCUCAAGUGCUGUGCUGGCAUUGA